CGCCCCCUCCCCUUUUCACACCCUUCUGCCCGUCACCAACACCCCAAAACCCGUCGGAAAAGUCAUUUUUCCUGCGUUCCACGUAAGCCCUGGUCCCCCCUCAUCAUUAUAACCAGAUUCUACGCGUUUUCCUCUCAUCUCACGCGCUUUUCGCAAUUGAUUGAAGAAUCUGGGUCAUGCAUGAAUGGAUGAUAGUUAAAUGGGGGCUGUAGGAUCGAAAUCUUUGGAUCCUAGGCGUCCAUUUGCCUAAAAUCCCUUUGUACGAAAGGUUUUUUGGAAUUUUAGAGUUUUUUUUUUCUGAUUUGGAGAAAAAAAUUGAUUUCUUGGUGAAGAAGCAUAGGAGGUUAGAGACCCCUUAUAUAUUGGGAUGAUUUCUCAGAUUUUGGGUGGAGAGAAAAAAAUCAAAAAAUUUGGACAGAAAAUCGAAAAAAGAGAAAAAUUAGGGUUCUAAGGUUCUUGAGGGUAUCUUCUAAUUCUUCCAUCUUCAUUUUUUUAAAUAUAUUUUUUGCUUCCAGAGAUACAAAAAAAAAAUAAGGAAAAAUCAGUUUCUUGAUUUGAUUUUCAUUUUAAAGCUAUGGAGUUCGUUUGGAUUGUGGAAGUCGUUUGGUGUUGAGGUUGUGUUCGGGUUUGAUAUUUUCGGGUGUCGUUCGAAUUUUUCUGUUCGGGUUCGUGAUUCCUGGUCGAUCGUUGUUGCUGUUUUUUUUGGUCGAAUUUCGGAAUCGAAGCCUUGUAUUUAUUGAUUAUCGUAUAGAGGGAGAGGAUUUGCUAAACAGGUAUGGACCCGCUGAUUCGAACCAAAAUGUUGCUGGUAGUAAAGAUUCCUAGGAAGUUAAUCAAGUGGUGGAAAAUAUUUUCGUUGUUAGAGCAGCAUGAGUUAAUGCAGAAAUUGGGCAGCCUCACUUACCUUCUUGAUAUCACACCUCGCCCAGACUUAGUGGAGGCGAUGCUGACUUAUUGGGAUCCGCAAAAUUUGGUUUUCAGAUUUGGAGAGUGUGAGAUGACCCCUACCUUGGCGGAAAUGUCUCGUCUCACUCGCUUAAGCUAUAUAGGCAAGGACAUGAUACUUCCCCGAGACCACUCUAGGACAAGAUUCCUCAGCGACCUGGGACUGAAAGAUAAUAAGCAUUUAAAAUGACUUGAGCAGUCCUGGAUAUCCUUGGAUUAUUUGUUUGCUAGAUUUGGACCACAAGAUAAUUUUGACGUCUUUUGGGAUGAGUUCUGCACAACCAAGGCAAAGUGGCAAAGACGUCGCCUCGAAGCUUUCAGCCUUGGUUUGUUGGGAUUAUUGGUUUUUCCAUUAGAUGAGAGGCAUAUUAGCACCCGUCUGCAGUCAGUGGUAAUGGCACUAUUUCAUGAGAAGCAACGCAAAACCGUUACCGUUGUGCCGAUGAUCUUAGCAGAGUUGUACCGAGCCCUGAGUGAGGUUAGCGGAGGUGUCAGAUAUUUUGAGGGAAGUAACCUUUUGCUACAACUAUGGAUGAUGGAGCAUUUACACACUGCUUCCUUACUUUGUCCCAUGCCUUGAGGGAUCGGGUGGUAUGCAUCGAGCGUAGGAUGAAAUCUCCUAAGUUUACAUACCUAGUAAGCGUCACAGCUUGGAUUGAGUUCCCUGGUUUGAGGACAAAUGGGAAUGUUUUGUGGGCUUACCUUUGGAUGAUAUCUUGGUAGCCUCAUGCAGCCUUUCCUGAUGCUGAUAGGACUCAAGUGUGUCAAGCCGUACACUCCCGUUAGGGUAAUGCGGCAGUUGGGCAGAAGAUAAGAGGAGCCUCCAACUUUGAAUCUUCGGAGGCACAAUAUGAAUUUUAGCAAAAAGGCGGCUGACGAAAUCAAGUAUGUGCAUACUGGAACAAUGCAAAGAGGAUGAAGAAAAAUACAUUAGUAGAGGACGUUGGCAGGCCCGAGUGUACUCAGGAGUACUUGAUUUGGUUACAGUCCAUCCCGCCAGGGGUCAGCACCCCAUUGCCAGCACAACUUAGGGGUCGGGCAUUUCAGACAGAUGAUUUUGAGGAGGCAAUGGACCAAUAUCCCUGGGAUAAGCUUGAGUUGAUAAAGUCUCAGUUAGCGGGAUUGGCAACAAACGUGGAGAAGCAUGGCCAGUAUUUGUUUAGGGUUGGCCUUUAGGAUGCGGGGGCACAUGCCAGGGCCUUUAUUCCCAGCAUUGAUGUUUCUUUACGAGGCAUGUUACAGAGUUUGAGCAUGACGGACAGCCCAGGACCAUCCCAGUCAGGACCGUCGCAUUCAGGAGCAGCUUGAGAAGUCAUUCUAUUUUGAGAUUCUCUUAUGUUGUCUUUUACUUUCGUGUCUUGUCUAUGAGUACUGAGUCCUUUAGGUAGUGGCAGAGUCUGUCAUAGUGUAGUCGAGUCUGUCAUGUCUUCCAUUAUCGUACUUCUCUUUGUAUUUUAAUAUCGAAAAGUUUUAAACGAAAAAUCCCAAAAAGCUUUUGUUUUUAGUUUAUUUUCCUUCACUUUUCCAGAACUACUCUUGGUCUGAUUCAUGAGAGACAUGAUACGUAGGCAACCUACAGCGGGUUCGAUCAAAUUAUUUUUGGUUCAAAAAAAAAGAGAGAGAAAGAGAGAAAAGAGAAAAAGGGAUAAGAGGUGCUGGAAAAGAAAGAGAAAGAAGGAUAGAAAUGAGCAAAUCGGGAUGAUGCCAUAUGACCCUGUGACCCUCAAAGCCAUUUUAGAACCGUUAAUCAUUGCUAGGUGCAUUUCACGUAAUGUGAUAUUAUUAUUUGAUAAAUGCCCUAACGCUAAUAUGGUGGUUUUAUGUUGUUGUCCUCUGUUAUCUUUAUUCAGUUUCAGGAAGGUGGUUAGUUUGUUGGCAUCCUGGCAAGUCAUCCAUACAACACCGAUCAAAGCGUCAAACAGUCAUGCCUAGCAAGGAAACAGAUACUGGAGUUGUAAGGGAGAUUGUUGAGACGGAAUCGGAAUUGCAAAAGGAGGUCCGGAGGUUGAAGCACCAGAUGGCGAAAAUGUAUCAGGCCUGGAUUAAGGGACACCCUCAACCCUCGUUCCCAACCAACUACAUAGAAAACCCUGCUUCCAUUCCACCACUCUCUCAAUCCCAGAUGCCCAAUACCAUUGAUCUUUCCCCACAACACGCACCUGGCUUUACCCCUUACCACAACUACCCCGACACUUCAGCCCAAACUGUUCAUGCUCCGCCAGCCAAAACAACCUCGUACCCUGCUCCGACAUCUGCUCCUAUUUUUGUACCCCCUCUACAAGCUACCCUCUACUGAUCCUUUAGUGAGCCCGCAUUCCCCGCUACGGAUGCCCACUACUAUGCACCGGAGCCCACCUUUAAGGUCCCAAAUACUUACUCUUACACUCCCCAAUUCGAGCCUCAUGUUGAAACUGACAAACCACCCAAGAACGCAGAGCAAGAAGAGAUGUUUAGGAAGGUACAGAGUCUGGAGCAAUCAUUGAGAAAUAUGCAAGGAUUGGGAAACCAGGUGAGUGUGGCCUAUAAGAAUUUGUGUUUGUUCCCUGAUGUCCAACUGCCUGUUGGGUUCAAGAUGCCCAAGUUUGACUUGUAUGAUGGCCAUGGGGAUCCUGUAGCUCAUCUGAGAGGUUAUUGCAGUAAAAUGAGAGGCUCCGGGGGAAAAGACGAAUUACUAAUGGCAUACUUUAGCCAAAGUCUGAAUGGGGUAGCUUUGGAAUGGUACACCAGCCAGGACGCUAGCAGGUGGUACACAUGGGACGAUAUGGCUCAGGUCUUCGCCCGUCACUUUCAGUACAAUAUAGACAUUGUUCCAGACCGCCUAUCUUUGACCAAGGUGGAAAAGAAACUCAGUGAAAGCUUUAGAGAAUAUGGAUUCCGAUGGAGGGAGCAAGCUGCACGAGUCAAUCCUCCGAUGGAAGAAGACGAGAUGGUUAAAUACUUUCUUCAAGCCCUGGAGCCUACUUACUAUGACCACUUGAUCUCAGCCAUUGGUAAGUCUUUCAAUGAUGUGGUGAAGAUGGGAGAAAUGGUGGAAGAGGGGCUCAAGUCGAGUAAGAUCAUGAGCUAUUCUGCUAUAAAAGCAUCCACCCAGGCAAUCCAGAGUGGUACCGGAAGUUUGCUAGGCAAGAAGAAGGAAGGAAGAUGUCGCUAUGGUUGUCUCCGGAUCAUGGCAUGGCCAAAGGGAUUCACCUCAUCAGUACACCCAUCCUCGACCCCGACCUCAAACCUACGCCCAAGCUCCAUAUAAUCUACCCCAACAUUACUUUUCCCCGCAAAACCCCCAAUACUCAACCAGGCCAUCCCAAUACCUUGUUCACCAUGUACAGGCAUAUGCUCAACCCCCUCCUUACCCACAAUGGCGUGCCCCAGUCCUACAGAAUACAUACCCAGCUCCACAAAAUGCCUAUCCACCUCCACAACCUUACCAAAACCCUAGUGGUUCAAAUUUUCGAUCAAGGCCAGAGUAUAGAAGAGAGAGACAGCAGCGAAAACAAACUUUUACCCCGCUUGGAGAAUUCUAUGCUAGUUUGUUUCAAAGGUUAAGGUGGUUGGACGUCUUAAGGCCGAUUGAGUCAAAGAUACCAAAUCCUCAUCCAAUGAACCUCGAUUAUUCCCUGAGGUGCGCCUAUUGUUCUAAUGCUUCAGGGCAUGACAUAAAGAAGUGCUGGCAUUUGAAAAGGGCAAUCCAGGAACUCAUUGAUACAAACCAAAUUAUAGUCCAAAGCCCAGACACGCCGAACAUAAACCAAAACCCUUUGUCAGCCCGUGAAGAGCACAUAUGAUUGAAAUAGUUCACAAGGACGGGGAGCCCGAGAAGUCUUCUAAGUUUGUCAUGAUAAUUCAGGCCAGUGAAAGCAAUUUGGUUAAAGAUCCAGACUCUACCAAAGCAACGCCCUUAACAGUGGAAGAGGUAAUAGAAAAGUUGAACUCACUCAAUUCGAAACCACCAGUGCUGGUCGUGAAAGGGUUGUCGAAAGAUAUCAGGGCAAGUCCAGAAAGUUCAAAAGUGGUAGUACCAAGGAUUCCAAGUAAGCCUGUCAUAGUUGUGAAGGGGGCUCCUACUACCCCUAUCAUCAUUAAACCAGUAACCUAGUUGCCAGUGGUGGAUGCCAAGGUUGUUCCGUGUAAUUAUAAACAAGUGAUAGUGACAUACAAAGGAAAAGAAAUAGAGGAAGAAGUUAAUGAAACUGGAGGAUUAACUCGUUCUGGGAGAUGUUUCACCCUAGAAGAAUUAAGGUAAGCCAAGCCAUUCAAGGAUAUCCCAAUGCUAGUAAAGAAAUUGGUCACCGAGGAAGAGGUUGAGGAGUUCCUGAAAAAGAUGAAAGUGCAGGAUUAUUCCAUUGUGGAGCAAUUAAGGAAAACACCAGCUCAGAUUUCUCUUUUGUCUUUGUUGAUGCAUUCAGAUGAACAUCGCAAGGUCUUGAUAAAAAUUUUAAAUGAGGCACAUGUUCCUGAUAAGAUCACAGUGAACCAUUUGGAAAAGAUAGCUGGCAAGAUCUUCGAAGCCAAUAGGAUCACUUUCUCGGACGAUGAACUUUCUACGGAGGGUACAGAACACAACCGAGCUCUUUAUCUCACAGUGAAGUGUAAAGAUUCUGUUGUCUCAAGGGUUUUGGUUGAUAAUGGCUCUAGUGCGAAUAUUUGUCCCCUGUCUACUCUGCAAAAACUGAAGAUUGGCACCGAAAGAAUCCACUUGAACAAUGUGUGUGUUCGAGGCUUUGAUGGGGGAGGUAAAGAUUCUGUUGGAGAUAUAAUGCUUGAAUUGUCGAUAGGGUCUCUUGAGUUUACCAUGGAAUUCCAAGUGUUAGAUGUGGCUGUCUCCUACAAUCUGUUAUUGGGCAGGCCCUGGAUACAUGCUGCUAAGGCAGUCCCAUCUUCUCUGCACCAAAUGGUGAAGUUUGAAUGGGACAGGCAGGAAAUAGUUGUGCACGGUGAUGAGGACUUGUCAGCUUGUAAUGAUACAAUUGUUCCGUUCAUUGAAGUUGAAGAUGAUAAGGGACCUUGGGUCUAUCGGACUUUUGAAACAGUGUCUGUUGAGAAAAUUCCUGAAGGAAAAUGCAUUCCGGGUCCUAAGCUAUCCUCCACGUCCGUCAUGGUUGCGAAUGAAAUGUUGAAGAAUGGUUUUGUGCCAGACAAGGGUUUGGGCUCAUCCCUGCAGGGUAUUGUGCAUCCAGUGCGUCCUAGUGGGAAUCCUGGUAUGUUUAGUUUGGGAUUCAUGCCCACAGAGAAGGAUGUGAAAAGGGUUAAAAAUCUGAAACAGAAGGUAUGGUUGCUCCCCAAGCCCGUCCCACACAUCUCUAAGUCUUUUGUCAAGCUAGGGGACGAAAAACCUCCAACCUCCUUAACCCCAAAACCUGUGGUCGAUGUUGAUGAAGAGCUGAUCAAGAGGUUCCAAAGUCUGUUCGAAGAGGUCAAUAUGCUAGAAGUUGGUGAAGGCUCUAGUAAAGCAGAUGUGCAGCUCGUUGGCCCAAACGUGAAGUUUAGCAAUUGGGAAGCUACUCCUCUCCCCACCAGGAAGGAGUUUUGGUAGUUUGUUUUGUUUUCCUUUCCGUUA